AUGGCACCUUAUCCUGAAAGAUUCAAGCAAGAUACCCAUAAGCAGCAAUACGCCAGGUUCCUUGAUAUAUUCAAAAAGCUUUACAUUAAUAUUCCAUUCGUUGAAGCCUUGGCUAAUAUGCCCAAUUAUGCCAAGUUUAUGAAGGACCUCUUAUCAAGAAAGCACAAGUUGCAGGAAUGUCAGACAGUAACACUCACUGAGGAGUGUAGUGCUAUAAUACAGAAGAAGUUUUCUCCCAAGCUUCGUGAUCCAGGGAGCUUCAACAUUCCAAUUGCUAUUGGUAACACUAAUGUCGGCAAAGCCUUGUGUGAUCUUGGGGCAAGUAUAAAUCUGAUGUCAUUAUCUGUUUGUAAAUCUCUAGGAAUUACUGAAUUGAAGCCCACUGUGGUCUUUCUUCAACUUGCUGAUAGAUCUUUGAGGAGGCCGAGUGGUAUUGUUGAAGAUGUUCUUGUUAAAAUGGACAAGUUCAUCUUUCCAGCAGAUUUUGUGGUAUUGGACAUGGAAGAGGGAACUGAAAUGCCUCUUUUGCUGG